GCAGGCAGUGGCAGUCACACGUUACUUUUCUGGGCUGGGACCCCACCGUGGUACAGAUCCUGGAGCCUGUGGAGCCAAGAGCUGCUAGGACUGGACCAGGCUCGCAGCCUGGUGGCGGGGAAGGGACAGUGGGACAGGUCCGACUGGCCGGUGGAUUUCCGACAGCUGUGAGUCAAGAAGGCAGGGGACAGCUUGGACACAUGCACUAGACACCCAGCCAGGCCAUGCACUGACCUCAGCUGUCCAUCAGGAGGCUGGCACUGAGCCACCAGCUGCUUAUCAAGGGCGGGACAGUGGUGACGUGCCACUCUUCCUAUAUGAGCCCAGCUUGGACCUCUGGUGGACGCUUGACACAGCCACAUUUUCCCCAGGACAGUGUCUCUGGAGGACUCUGGGAGAAGCAGGGUUCUGGGCCCUGGGAUUCAGAAGGAGCUCCGAAAGAGUCCAGGUUCUGAAGAGCCACAGAGAAAUCUACAGGUCUGAUGGCCACCCCCAAGGGAAGGGAAGACUCCAGCUCCGAGAUACCAGGUCAUGGGUGGCAAAAGAGUGGCGCCUGCGCAGAGCGUCUGGACCACCCCGAGAGGUUGGAGGCAGAGGAGCAGGUGCCAGACCAGGUUGUCAUGUGGAGGAAAGCACAGGAAUUCUUCCAGACAUGUGACUCUGAGGGCAAAGGCUUCAUUGCCAGGACGGACAUGCAGAGGUUGCAUAAGGAGCUGCCGCUAAGUCUGGAGGAACUGGAACAUGUGUUUGAUGCCCUGGAUGCUGAUGGUAACGGCUUUCUGACCCCAGAGGAGUUCACCACUGGAUUCAGCCACUUCUGCUUUGGUCAAAGUAGCCAAAGGGAGGAGGAAGCUGGCAAGCAGGUGGCCGGCCAGCUCCAAGAGGAGAAGGUGUACCAGUCUAGGGGGAAUGACGGUGUGGAAGGCACCGAGCAUGACGAGGAAGCACAGUUCCAGGUGCUGAUGGAUAGACUUGGAGCCCAGAAGGUUUUGGAAGAUGAAAGUGACGUCAGGCAGCUGUGGCUGCAGCUGAAGAAGGAUGAACCUCACCUGCUGUCCAACUUCGAAGACCUCCUCACCACAAUCUUUGCUCAGCUCCAAGAAGCCCACGAGCAGAAGAAUGAACUGGAGUGUGCCCUCAGAAAGAAAAUUGCGGCUUAUGAUGAAGAAAUCCAGCAUCUCUAUGAGGAGAUGGAACAGCAGAUCAAAAGCGAAAGGGAGCAGUUCCUCCUAAAAGACACGGAGAGGUUCCAGGCCCGCAGUAGGGAGCUGGAAAAGAAGCUGAGCGCCAAGGAGCAGGAGCUGGAGCGUCUUCUCCAGAAGCAGAGCAGGCUGGAAGGCCAGUGCACAGCUCUGCACAAUGACAAACAUGAAACCAAGGCUGAGAACACCAAGCUGAGACUCACCAACCAGGAGCUGGCCCGCGAGCUGGAGCGCACCUCCCAAGAACUCCAGGAGGCACAGCAGCAGCUGGAGAGCCUCCAGAGAGAGGCCUGUGAGCUGCAGCAGGAGAAGGAGAUAGAAGUGUACCGAGUGACAGAGAGUCUGCAGAGGGAGAAGUCUGGCCUCCUGAAGCAGCUGGAUUUCCUAAGGGAGAGGAACAAACAUCUCCGGGAUGAACGGGACAUAAAUUUUCAGAAAGAUAAGGCGGCCAAGGCAAACACAGCUGCUUCCAAGGCAAGCAGGAAGCAGAGAUCUGGCUCUGUGAUCGGCAAAUAUGUGGAUGGCAGGGAAAUCCCCAGGAGCCAGUCAGUGGAGGAGGAUGAGACAUUCGGCAUCCCCAGGAGGAGAAACUCAGUGAGCCUGAGUGCCUAUCUCCUGGCAGAGGAGGAGCUGGGAACUGGAGAGCCAGGGGCUGGGCUUCCACGUCGCCAGGCACUCCGCAGAAUCAUCUCCAUUGAGGAAGACCCCCUGCCUCAGCUCCUGGAAGGUGGUUUUGAGAAGCCACUGAGCAAAUGCCCAGAAGAAGAGGAGGUCUUUGACCAGGGGGCAGAAGGGCAAAUCAUGGCAGCCCCAGCCUUGGAACUCAUCCCUACGUCUCCCCGAGGGCAGCCUGUCGGAAAAGAAGCCCUCUACAAGGAGGAAAGCAUUCCCUCUACCCCAGACCGGCUCUUCAAGAUCGUGUUUGUGGGUGACUCUGCUGUGGGGAAGACGUCCUUCCUAAGGAGGCUCUGUGAGGCCCGCUUCUCCCCAGGCAUGGCUGCCACUGUGGGCAUCGACUACCGAGUGAAGACAGUCACUGUGGACAAUGCACGGGUGGCUCUGCAGCUGUGGGACACUGCUGGGCAGGAGAGAUACCGCUGUGUCACUCAGCAGUUCUUCAGAAAGGCCGACGGCGUGGUUGUUAUGUAUGACCUCACAGCCAAGCAAUCCUUCCUGUCCAUUCGGCAGUGGCUGAGCAGCGUGGAGGAAGCUGUGGGAGACCGAAUUCCUGUCCUGCUGCUGGGCAAUAAACUUGACAAUGAGAAGGAACGGGAAGUCCCCCGAGGCCUGGGAGAGCAACUCGCCAAGGAGAACAAUCUGAUCUUCUAUGAAUGCAGCGCCUUUUCGGGUCAAAACACCAAAGAGUCCCUGCUCCACCUGGCCAGGCUACUCAAAGAGCAAGAGGACACGGUGAGGAAGGACACCAUUCAGGUUGGCCCCCCUGCCAAGAAGAAAUCCUGUUGUGGCUGACAGUAGACCCUCUCCCUCGGUCCUAACCAGGCCCACCGUCAUCUUCAGCCAGCAUUCUCCAAAGACCAAGGUCACAUAGCUGCUUGAACCAGCACUUGGGCUCCUAUGCAGCAACACCUGGCAGGGCCUACCCUGCCUUGUCCUUGUUGAUGGCUUGCCUCCCCUGAUGGAAGGCAGCACCUGCAGCUGGAAGGCUGCCCUUUUCUCUAUCUGAAGAUUUCCCCCUUCUCAUCUGUACCCCAGUACCCACUCCUCUCUCCUCCUGCCCCUCCUGCAAUGUGGAAAGGAGCAGAUGGGCUUUUCCAGAAAAGUCACCACAUGCCUGCUCCACCCCCCUUCUCCUCUCUCCGUGCCCUCAAGAGUCUCUGCACGACGGUUGCCACGGCAACUGUGCAGGGGCAACUUGAUGCUUCUUGAAGGCCGAAGAUGUACCAUUUGGGUGACGCUGGGGUAGCCUGUCUUGCUUGGCUCCUGCUCUCUAAAAACCAGAGAGCUGCUCUUGGCACACAUGUCAUGGACCUUGAGACACUGGAGUGUCUGCUCCCAUUUCCGGGGUUCUCUCUGCUUCUUCCUGAGUUCCUGAAUGACAGGCUUCACACCCUCUCCCAACAACCACUGCAGCCACUGGAGCUGUGCUCGGGGACUCUGCAGUGUGCUUCCUGACGAACCUCAACCCUGACUCCAGGGUGAACAGUGGGUGACAACUCCAUGCCUGGAGUCACAAAACAGGCGUACCUCCUACUUAACUCUGACAAAGAAACCAAAAGAAAACCAAAAGGGAAAGCCAUCCAUGGCUAAAGAUGGUGGCCAUUUCUGGAGGGUCUAAGUAAGAUAUGUGUCACUGCAUAAAGGGCGUUUUCUGUGGGUUUCUCCAAAUACCUCUUUGGAAAAUCACAUUUGAUUAUUGACAGGGUGGAUUGACAGGUAUGGUGGGGGAGGGGGACCCAACACUAGGUCCAUAAUUAGUGGCCUCACUUUAUUUCAUUUUCCUUUAUUCAGGGAGAUUAUACUCUUUUAAAAUGCU